AUGGUUCAUGACUGGGAGCUGCCCCAUCUGGAUGGCUCCACUGGGAUGGACGCCUCCUGCCUGGAAGGCCUGCAGCGGUACCUCGACGAGUGCCCCGACCUGCAACCAAACAGUGCCCGGGCGAUUUCCGGUCCAACGAUCGCCUCGAUGCCAACUCCCAUGCUUGGGACUUUUGACCCGAUGAUUGACCCUUCACUGGGGGCCUCGGCCCCAGCUCAAGCAGCCGACUCCCAUGUGGUGAACCACCAAUUGUCGGAGGAGAUAGACUUCCAGUCCAUUCUCCCCGCCCAUCCCGAGCCGAGCGACUACAAGAUCGUGAACUUCAGUCCUUACAAGGUGCACCAGCGAUUGGCCAAGAAGAUGCGGGUCGGUCGCUUCCUUCUGGCUGCAGAUGCUGCACACCUAUGUAACCCCUUUGGUGGCCUUGGUCUCACGGGUGGAAUCGUGGACGUGGGAGGACUCCUCGACUGCCUCGCCGGCAUCUAUUCCGGCCAGGCGGAUGAAGACAUCCUGGACAUCUACGACAGCGUUCGGCGGUCCAAGUACAACACCAUCGUGAAUCCAACGUCCAGCGGGAAUAUCCGGUUGCUGUUCGAGCAGAACCCAGAGACGGCACUCCAGGAUUCGGACCUUCUCCGGGCAUGCAAGGCGGCCGAGACGGAUCCGGCUGUGACGGAGAAACUCGCGAAGGCGGCGGAGCGGCUACAGUACGACUUCACUCAGCACUAUCGCACCUGA